AUGCAAGAACGGACUGCCAUCAGUCAGGAUGAAUCAGACUUGAAGAAGAUGGUUCAGGUGAGAUCUCUCCUCCUGCUCGCUUUGGCUGUCCUGCUGGUCAGAGCUCAGAACCAGACUGAGAUCAGGUAUGAAGACAUCAUCUCAGUUGCUUUGCCUCAGCUGCUUCCUGGUGAAGAGAAGGCUUUCAGUCCAAUUCUGAACCAGCUCGAAGUCGAGACUUUGAAUACAGAGGAUGUGGACCAGUCUGAGGUGUCUGUAAGGCUGACCUUCCCCAUGCAGGAGACUUUCUGCAGUAAAGCACAGGGGCAGCUAGGCAAACCAUGCCCUCUGAAGACAAAUGGGAAACUAAUGACGUGCAGCAUGAAGGUCAGACAUCCGAUUCUGGAGGCUAGCAACAACGUCAACACUGAACUGUCUGAAAUUUCUUGUGAAUACAUGGAGGCAGAAGAUGCUGUGCAGAAGAAGAUUCGGAUAAGAAGAAGCAAAGCCAGCAGAUGCUCCAGAGGCAAAGGUUGCAAGUUGUGCAGCAAUGGUCGUCCUGGGAGUGGCUUCUCCAUCCGUCGUCAUUGGGGUGGCUCUCAUCCUGGGCGUUUCUCUUUGAUUGCUGGAGUUUUCAGAGGAAACCGUGGUGGAACUCACUUGGUAUAGAUCAGCAAAAAACACCCUCUGGAUAACUGCAAAAAUAGACAAUCUAUCAAAGAAAUGUCAUAAGGUUAUACAGUGAGGGAAAAAAGUAUUUGAUCCCCUGCUGAUUUUGUACGUUUGCCCACUGAC